UGACUGAAAGGGAAUCCAAGCUUCUGCACGUGCCAUGUUCACUGUUUUCAUGUUCUGAGUCUGUAAACAGCUCCACAUAAAUAUGCAGUCACACAUGCAGAAAGACGUCCUGUUUCACUCUGUACCAAGCAGAGGUGGUGCCAGCUUGCUUAUUUAGGGAUUCAUUGAUCCAGAGGUGCCCAAAUGUUUGCAGGCAACUGCACUGCCGCGAAGCCUGCUGUGUGGGGAAGCAGGGAACAUGAGGAGUCUGGCCCCUCUUUUCCUGGGAUGCUGUCAACACUCUGCUUUUGCAACAGCCGUCUGGACCAGCUCCAGGUUUCCAAAAUGCUGAGCAUCACUGGCUGGGUGAGCAGAGUGGUGGUCCUGUUUGCUGCUGUGCUCGCAACCCCCUCCAUCGCCAUGCCAGGAGAAUGGGGAGAAGAAGGGGUGACGUAUAGCGAGCUGGGGAACGACGUGGCCCUGACAUGUCCCGGAGCAAGUCCAAGUUCUGUGAUGGAGUGGCAGUGGAGGGGGGCCUCGGGGCUGCCCACGGGCUCCCACGUCCAGCAGGGCCAGCUCCUCUUGGCCCACGUGGACCUCUCCUCCGAAGGAUCCUACAGCUGCUACGACGGCCGGGGGCUUCUCCUGGGCUCCGUUGCUCUCCGGGUUGGCCGGCUCCCUGGGCCGCCCGCCGUCUCCUGCAGAGCUUCCAACUACGAGAACUUCUCCUGCUACUGGGCCUCCAGCAUCAAGACGCUCCUGCCCACCAGACACAUCGCCACCUACCGGAAAAGAGAGUCGCAGGGAAGUGACGAGCAGAGGUCCCCAGGCAACAAUGUGGGGCUGUGUGUCCAGGAUCCUGCCCUCCCUCUCUCCUGCACAGUCAGCAAAUCCGGGUUCUGGACCAACUACCGUGUGAACGUGACAGAGGUGAACCCCUUGGGAUCCAGCUUCACUCUCCUGGACAUCACUGUGCAAAACAUCACCAAACCAGAUCCGCCAGAGGGCCUGCGGGUGGAGCCGGUGCCCCAGGCCCCCCGGCGGCUGCGCGUGAGCUGGCAGUACCCCUCCACCUGGCCCAGGGCGCCGUCCUUUGAGCUCCGGUUCCGGCUACGCUAUCGGCCCGUCCUUUACAACUCCUGGUCAGUGGUGGAGACGGCCAGGGUGUCUGAGGUGAUCACGGAUGCCUUCAUGGGCCUGGAGCACAUGGUCCAGGUGGGGGCCAGGGACUUCCUGGAUGCCGGGAGCUGGAGCGAGUGGAGCCCGGAGGCACGAGGCUGGCCAGCGGCUGGGGAGAUUGCCAAGCCCAGCGAAGCUGCCACAGCUACCAUGGAGCUGGAGACGCCAGCUGAGGAGCCCUCCCCACCCCCCAACGACAAGCCAGUCGGAGGCCAGAGAGACCACCUGGAGAAGGUGGCGGUGCUGGUGUCGCUCGGCGUCUUUGCCUUCUUUGUGCUGGUGGCACUCCUGCUCUUUGCCUCUCUGGUGUGGAUCCACGCCAAGAAGCAGAGCAAAGGGGCUGACAAAAAGCGUGAUCUGCUUGCAGCCGCCACUCACCUGAAGGCCUUGCCCAAAGCCCAGAUCUUGUAGCACAGCUCUGCCUCCGUCAGGCAGAACGGCCUCCUUUCCCUCCCUCCCUCCCUCCCUCCCAGGGCGCCACGGACCUCACCGACUGCAGCUGCCCGUUGGUUCUCCAGGGAGCGUGACCCGGGCACCCUGCCCUUCCCUGCCACCCUUGGAAAAGCUGCUCAUCUACCGGGUCUUGGCAUGGCAUCCGCGGCCCCGGCCUGGUCCCCUCUCCUUUGCCACGAGCAGGCUGGACGCCGGACGCUGCUGAUUUUGGACUCACCGGUGAAGGAGCGGCUCCUGGCGGAAACUGAGACCCAGGAGCAGCUGUUGGGGCAAAGGGGUGGGGGCGCCUGAGCCUCCCUCCUCACACCCCCUUUUCUCCCACGAAGCUAAAGCCUGCAGACUGACGGAACCAGACUCCUCACAGGCCUUGCAGGGAGCCCAGGAUGGCCUUGCUGAGUGGGACCAACAUUGCAGGAAACUGGCAGCUGCCUUGGCGUGGGGGUGGGGGAGGACAACCUGGCCGGGCAGAGGCAAUGGCAGAGAUCUCCCCAUAUGCCAAUUGCAGGUCCGUGUGUGCGCACGCGCGUGUGUUUGUGUGCGGAUACAUCUGCGCUUGGUUUGGUUCAGAGUAUUAAAUUUCACAUUUUGGGUUUUUUAA